AAAAGCAGGUGGUCAAAAAGCGAAAAGGAGGCUGGACUUGACUGCGAAGUGUUUAAUUUCAUUAAAAAAAGGCAGCUGCGAGUGAGGCGCGCGCGUCGUUCGGCGGUAACAGCAGGGCAUACAAAUUAUGCGAAAGGGCAUCAUCCACAGCCAAACAAUCAACAGCAACGACGACGCCGCCGACAAAUAUGCAGAAUAUACAGAACUCGACAGCAGUAACGUCAUCGUCAUCCGGGGGAACGAGGACAGGAUGUGGUGCAGUAUUAUCAUCAGCGUCAGAUAGCAGCGGGGCGAUACCGGAGGCAAAAUCCAGAAAAAUCAGUGAUGGCGGCGGUGGCAUUGGCAGCGUCAUCUGCAGCGGAAGCGGUGGAUCCAGCGGCGACAGCUGCUCCCUCCACGAUCCGUCAACGGCGGCCACAAAGGAUGCGCAGCCGCAACAGCAACAGCAGCAGCAGCCCAUGGCCAUACACUAUCUGGCCAGCUUCCAUGAGAUCUGCAUAGUGACCGCUCUGCUGCCUCUGGUGACGCUCUUCACGUGCUUUGUGACCGCCUACGUCUACCAGUACGACGAUGUACACGAGACACAUUGCCGCGUAUAUAAUAUAAUACCCUCGAUAAGUGCAAUUACGGGCGUCAGUCCACAGCGCUACUUCUGGCGUUUUAGCAUUGCGCUACACAUUGGACCACGUAUCCCCAUUGCCUUCGUCUACAAGAACUACUAUCGGUCGCAGCUGAAGCGGAUCAGCCCGGAGCUGGUGCCGCAGGCCAGUUGGCUGAUCAGUCUGAUUCUGGUGCUCAAUUGCAUUGAGAUAGCGGCCCUGGGCGGCGUCACCUAUAUAUCAAAUCGGGAGAACUAUCCCGUGCACGAGAGAAUCUUCAUAACGUUCAUGAUAUGCUCGCUGUGCUAUAUGCUGGCCACCAUCAAGCUGAAUGGUAUCCUCAAUGCUGGCCAGUCGCUGAAUGUCCAACAGCAGCAGUCGAUCAAGUGGAAGAAGUUCUUCUUUGUGGCCUCCAUACUGAGCACCAUCGGUCUGCUAAUCUUUUUUGCCAAACAUCGCUUCUACUGUCACGAUUUGGCCUUCAGCUGGUUCGCGUUCUUUGAGUACUUGAUAGCCAUUGCCAAUAUGCUGUACCAUUUCACCAUCAUAUGGGACUUCCCAUCGCAGUACAUGGUGAUUGUUCAGGGGCCGCUGGAAAAUAUAUCGCAGUACUUGAGCAACAGGCCGAAAAUCGACUAGAGCUGGAGAGCACUCCAUUCGUUCGUUUGAUUUCCGGAUUUUCUUCUCUAGUGUAUAGUGUCUGUGUGUGUGUGAUUCCCAUACGAAGCGUACAAUUAUUGAUCUUCAUCAACUUUAAAGUUUAAACCUAAGCGCUUCCAUUGCAACAGAAACAUUCUACGUGUAAAUCAUUUUUUUUUUUUUCUCAAUUUUCUCUCUCUCCCUCUCUACAAACU